GACCAUCCAGUGUCUAGAAUGUUCUAAGAAUGUUCCCUUUGGAUUCUUUGGAUGUGGAAAAACAACAGUGGAGAACUUUAGGAGAAGAUCAACCAACAACUGUUUGCUUUUUUCAGGAAACUCUUUUUCAAAGAGGGCCAACUAUUCAAUGCAUUAAAAGCAAAUAAACUAUGAACAUUAUUAUGGCAAUUGGACUCUUCCUAUUUCUUCACAUAAAAGAGAAUUCUAUCUAAAUACAUUUGUACAUGAAUUUCUGAUUAGAAGGCCAGACUUAAAAUCCAGAAUAGGUCUGCAGCUUUGAUGGCCCUUUGGAGCCAGCGCAGUCUGAGGGUUUUUGAUGGGACGGCCCCCCAGGCAUGAUGCAGAGGGAACCAGAGGACUCCAGAAAACCCAUUUUAACCGGGCCAAAGCAUGUGAACGCAUCUAAGAAUAACCAACAGAAUCCAUCAGACUCUGGCGCUUCAGGUUCCUACGGUUUGGGGCUGAGGUGGGUCAGCAGGAGGCCCUGCAGGAGGGCAGCAGGAGGGAUGCAGGAGGCCCUGCAGGAGGGAUGCAGGAGGCCCUGCAGUCUAACUGGAGGCAUCUGCUUAUCAGUGCAGAGCAGACGGCAGCAGGAGAAGAGCACGGAGGAGAGCAGGCAUGAGGAGAGCAGGGAGGAGGAAGACUCCAUCCAGGACCCAGAGGCCUGAAAAAAGCUUGUUUGGGAAGCCCUUUGAUGGAGGGAAAAGGAUGGACCAUGGCGGCCCGCCGGAGCCGCAGCAGCAGCCGUACUAUUCCCAGCACCCUGCCAUGAUGAAGCUGUACGAGGUCCAGAAAGAGGUGCAGUCGUCUCUGGGGCCUCAGGUCUGCACCUUCAGUGGCCUCCAGAACGACCGGGAAUACAAGCGUUUGGAGCGGGAGCUGACCCGCCUGCUGUUGGAGGUGGACCAGGUUGACACAGAGGGCAAACCGGAUCUGCAAGGGACGAGAAAGAGGGCUGCGCAGGAGGUGGAGGGUCUUCUGCGCUACCUGGAAGAGAACGCCACCCACCCGUCCCGUCUGGCCAUCGAGGAGCUGAGCAACGCUGCGCGGCAGCUGGUUGAGGAGCGCGUGGUGGCCCCUCAGCGGGCUGGCGGCGUCUCCGAGAUCACAGAUGAGCUGGUCGAUGCUCUCCAAGAGCUGGUGCUGAGACUCACCCAGAUCAAAACGGAGGGGCGAGUGCCGCUUCGCAAAGCUCGCUACAGGGCGCUCACGCGCCUGUGCGCCGUGCAGGAUGUGCUGGAAAGCCGCACGCAGCAUCAGACCCUGCCCCUGCCGCUGUCGGGGGAAACCCACGAGGCGGUGCACUGCAUCAACCAGGUGAUGGUGAAGGUGAGCGUUGCUCGCAGUCAGCUCGUGGCUCUGCUGAUGGGGCUGAGUGGGCGGGACAGCUGUGCCCACCUGUCGCGCAUCUUGACGGAGCUGCAGGUGGAGCUGGACGCUCUGGACGUCUCCGGAAACGCCGCGAUCAGAAAUUACAGGAAGCAGGUUGUGGAGGAAAUAAAUGGACUUCUGAAACAUCUGGACCUGGAGGGAGAGGGAGAAGACACGCGCAGGUACGAUUUGGCGCAGAACAACUCCAUCCGUGAGAUAGAGGCUGUGCGGGCUCACGUCUCCCACUUGCGAGAGGGGGUCCUGCGACACUGUGCCAUGGGAGACCUCGGGUUCAGACCCAAAGCUGAACUGCAGAGCCUUCUCACACACCUGGACCAAGUGGACACGGCCAAGAACCCCUGCAUCCGGGAGGCCCGGCGGCGCGCUGUGGUGGAGGUCCAGGCUAUCAUCACUUUCCUGGACCUGCGCGAGGCUUUAGCUUGCCGCCUCACCGGCCCUGACGAGCAUCCGUCCCAUCGCGCCGUGUGGCUGGUCCUGGGGAGCCUCUCUGACCUCCAGGCGCAGGUGCUGGGCUUCGACGGCAAGAGGGCCGACAAGAGCUACAUGAUCCUAGAGGAGAUGCUGACCAAGCAGCUGCUGGCGCUGGACGCCGUGGACGCACAGGGCGACGAGAUGACCAAAGCGGCGCGGAAACAGGCGGUGAAGUUCGCCCAGAACAUUCUCAACUACCUGGACAUGAAGACGGACGAGUGGGAGUAUUGAUCCGGUGCCGGGGGGGCGUGGCUGCGGGAGGGAAAGCAGCUGUUUGUAAAUAAAAAUAGUAGAUUUCACGUAGUGUCUAAAAUCCCCAGAAUGCACUGCUGCAGCGCUUUCCUUUCAUCCUCGUGUGACCAUGGCCAGCACGGGACUUGUUUUGUGAAGCGCUGGGUGGCGCUUUUGUGCGCUUGUGUUGUGUGUGGUUGUUGAAAACCUGCUGACUGACAGACGGAAGGCUGGCGGUUCCUCCGCAGAUGUCCUGUGGCGUGCGCUGCAGGUGGCGGCGGCGUACGCUCAGCUCAGAGGACAGCGGUCCGCUGGCCUCUGGAGAAGGGGUUCGGGUUUGUGACUGAUCACAGACUCCAUUUGCCCCUCAGUUUCCUCCAGGUACCCGGCUAUUCUUUUUAGGAGCAGAUGGCGGUUUGUUAGUGUGAAUUAAGGGAUUUGUCCUGCUUUGUAUGAUCACACCAGUCUAUAAAUGGACGGGCUUUGAAUCCAGAGAGGCGGAGGAAGCGAGGCGGCGUUGCUGCUUCUCUCAUCACAGUCCCUGCAGGAAGCAGCAGAGAGGGCAGCGCUGAUCUCCUCUGAACUGACGUAUCCAGGCUGAAGCUCCCGCAGCCGACAGGCCGGUCCUGUGGAGGGAGGUGCUGAUGGGGAUCACAGCUGACAGGAAGUGCUAGAGCUGGGAGAUCGUGGGAGGGGAGGGAGGUCCUGAAAUGGGAAUCUCGGUGCCUUUAUUUUGGUUUCUUUUGCUUUGCGUCCAUGCGCAGCGGAGAGGCCGCUUUGCUCGUCAUCUGCACAGGAAAUUAGCCGCUGUCUGGAGCAGAGGCUGCUCCUCCUUCCUGUGGCGAGGUCGUGGUGGGUCAUUAGUAGCUGAAGUGACGCUCAUCAGGAACAGCGUGACUCCCGGCGCUCUGACACGGCGCCGACGCCAGCGGGAAACGUCAGACCUUUAGUCAGAAACGCAGAACAGACCCUUCUUCCUCACCCUGACCUCUGUGGCUGAGGCGGGUCUCAAAAGGUCUCCUGCUACCGGACCAGAAAGAUGUGAGCAGCUCAGAGGUGACGGUGCUGCUCUGCUGUUUUUGGCAGGACUCUCCAGAGUCCGUCCCUGAACGUUCUUCUGCUGUCGGACGGAAUCAGAAGCAGCGCUUUGCUGCCGCACACAGAAAAGUCGGUGACGUUUCCCAACCGCUCUCGGAUAACGCUUCCCCUUAGUGCAGACUCUCAGAAGAGGAUUCCUCCAAUGACAACUCCAAACUAUCAACACCUUCUAGCAGUUUAGUGGAAUUUUUGGGCUUUUCUGAUCAUUUUAAAUGCAUUCGAAUGAAUACAUUUAUCAAGCACUGUGGUAAAACCAUCAGUUGUGGAAAUCAAGUGAGUUUUUGACAGAUUCAGUUUUAUUUCUUCAGCCCUAAAUUCCAACAAUGGGCUUCAUAAUUCUAAAGGAUCAUGAAGUCAGUCAUUAAAUAUCUUAGGUAACUGCUAAACUACAGUCAACUGGGCCUCCAGAAAACAGAUUCUGGGACAAACAGAAGAAACCUCAGGGUGUCACCAUGAAUAUGGACUCUGACUCCUGAAGGUGCGAGCGCUUUUCCGGCGUCCUGCCGCUCUGCCCGCCGUGUGGCCGCCACGCUUUCCUGCUGAGCUGAAUGAAGGACUUGCUGCUGCUGCUCAUGUCUGACCGGGAAGAAUGUCCUGACACACGACCGUGUGUGCCGCAUCAGAACGUCCAGGCCGGGGGUCAGCAGACUGGAUGCUGGACUCUAACAGUUGGCUUUACCGUUUUCUGUAAUUGACUUUUACCCACAAAGCUCCACAUCAGUUUGUUUGUGUGGUCAUCUAAGCGUUUGGCACAUUGAAAUCUUAAUAUUUUGGGGGGGAAUGACUGAAAGACUUCGUUCCUCCUGUUUUUUAUUUUUUUAUCUGGGUGUUUUUCCAAUCCUCUGGUUUCAUAGAGUUGACUCAGCAGCUGCUGCUUCUGAUCCUUUUUUUUUUUGUGUUAUCUUCUUCUGAAACGAGUGUAACGUGAAGGACGGGCCUUCAGGAGCGGCUGGUAGAAACGAAGGUCCAGUGAAAUCGGCAGGUGAUUCCCACAGGUGAGCUGAAGGUUCAACUGACACACACAGACUGACUGAGCUUACGUUUACUGUUACUUCAUAUAUUUAUGAUGCUCAUGUUGGUGGUAUUUAUACAGAUUGUGGUUUCAGAGCAAACAGAACUCACUUCCUCACCCAGACUGCAGAGUUUCUCCACAGCUCGCUGUUGCCGGGCAGAUUUGACCUCGGGACAGUUGAGUCCAUUAGACCUUGUGCUAUCUUGUGGGGUCCAGAUGACCCCACUCCCAAUCUGAACGUGGUUGGAGGCAGUAGAAGGAGCCGAUGGGCCUUCACAGGACAUGAAUGGAGUCCUUCCAGAAGGUCUGUCUGCGUAGCAAAGUGAGCUGAGAUGAAAACUCAGAGGUGAAAAGAGACGAGGCUUUGGCAGAUUGGGAUUCUGUCGUCUGGAGGACAGGAGACGAGCCGACGCCUACAGAUGGUUUGGUGACCUUCUCCCAGACUUCUCAUGUCAUGCGUUGUUACACGAGCAACACAAACAUGAACGGUGGAAAAAGAACACGUGUGUGAGGUUUGUGUCACUUCCAGAUGUGGGAUUUUCUGGGUUUUUCUUCAGGUGGGGGUUUGAUUCCUGGCCGCAAAGCCCCACAUGAAAAGCCUGGAAAUGUUUGAGUUGGUCCCUCUGCUUCAUUAAAUAUUGUACAGAAGGAGCCGGAUGGUUGCAAACCUCCUUCCUUCAAACCGUGUUGUGUUCCCAGCAUUCAUUGCAUCUUUCUUCAUCCCCGUCCGUCUGCGGCCUGCAGAGUUUUCUCGCCGUGGGCAGGUGGAGGUGUCACCACUAUGUUUGACGCUCCAAUCGAGAAUUGGACUUCUGCUUGUUGUUUUUUGUUGCCUUGCUUCUGCUGACAGGAAUGUGUUUUAUCUGAGCUGGAUUUAUUUUCUCAAGUCGCCUUCAGCUGCACUGAUUGUGAUGUUUAUCUGAGACGCGCUUGUACAAAAGCCCCCCAUGCUCCGUGUUGUGUGAAAGCCUCAUGGUCGGCUGUCUGUGGACUCGCUGUUCCCACUGCAAAAUAAAGACGGCGUCUUGUUUUAU